AUGAAUCUUGUCAAAUUGCGCAGUAUUCUCAGCGAAAGCCACGACAAAGUACCUUUUAUUCUCCUCACCUUGACCUGCAAUGUUACUGGUGGCCAGCCAGUCAGCAUGGAGAACAUAAAAGCGGUCAAAUUACUUGCAGACGAGUACAAGAAACCCAUAUUAAUUGAUUCUGCUCGUUUCGCCGAAACUGCCUGGUUUAUCCAAGACCGAGAGCCCGGUUACGAAGGUAUCGGCAUCAGAGAAAUCACUCGUCAAAUAUACAACCUCGCUGAUGCAAUGUUGAUGAGUGCAAAGAAAGAUGGCCUGGUUAAUAUUGGUGGCUUCAUGGCCACGCGCCAUCAAACUUGGUUUGCUGCGGCCUCGGAGUACGUCAUUCUUUUUGAAGGAUUUACAACUUAUGGCGGGCUCGCGGGACGAGAUUUGAGUGCUCUAGCGAUUGGUUUGACUGAAGUCAUUUCAUUAGACUAUUUAAGCACUCGCAUCAGGCAGAUUGAGCGGUUUGGGAGGACUCUAAGAGAUGCUAACAUACCUAUUCAACACCCAGUGGGUGGACACGCUAUUCUCAUCGAUGCCGGCGCAUUCCUGCCACAUGUCCCACGCGAGGAGUAUAUCGCAUAA